CUGACCGCCCAGAACCAGCACAGCGGCGCUCUGGAGCUGCUGCGCGUGGCCCAGGACGAGUACCCGGAGGACCUCCAGCUGAUGUUCACUCGCGUCCACGUGGAGGAGUACUGCAACGGUGGAGAGGCGGCGCUGAUCGUGGCGCGGGAGAUGCUGGAGCAGUGGAAGGAGAUCUACGAUGCCCGCAUGGCGGAGAACAGUCUGGACACUGACCGACAGUACUCGGUCGUCUCCGACCCCGAUUCAGCGGAUAAAGUAGCGCGCCACGUGGUGCUCUCGCCGCUGGAGACGCUGGCCAUCCCGGUCCUGGGGCCGAACCACCUGUUGCCCUCGCCCGCCGGCUCCGAGUGCGAAGGCUCCGUGCGCGCGUCGUCCACCAUCGCGCCGUCUCGCGUAGAGCAGGCGCUCUCCGAGGUGGCCUCGUCGCUGACGUCCAGCCAGCCGCGGCCGGGGCCGCAGCAGGUCUGGGACCUGCAGAUCCGGAUAUGGCUGCUCGUCGCCGACCUCUACCUCAAACUGGGCCAGACCAACCAGGCCAUCUCGUGUGUGCAGGAGGCGGCCACCAUCGCACCCGCCUCGCACCACGUGCUGUACUUCAAGGGACUGGUGCACGUGUACAAGAACGAGUUCGAGGAGGCCAAGGUCCACUUCAACGAUGCGCUGGCGCUGAACCCGCACCACAUCAAGAGCAUGCAGCACCUGGGUCUGGUGCAUCACUACCUGGGCAGCCACCGUCUGGCCGAGAAGAUGCUGCGGGACGCCAUCCAGCUGGAGCCGCUGGUGCACCAGAGCUGGUACAACCUGGGCAAGGUGCUGGAGUUUCUGGGCGAGAACGAGGCGGCGGCCGACUGCUUCAUGACGGCCGUCGACAUCGAGGCGACGGCGCCUGUGCUGCCGUUCACCGCCGUGCCGCUCUGCUUCGAGUGACGCCCGCCAGCGGCGCUGCCGGGCGG